GAUGUCUAAGGUGAAGCAGGUGGGGCUGUUGGCUGCCGGCUGCCAGCCAUGGAACAAAGAUGUGUGUGUUGCCAGUGGAGACCGCUUUGCCUACUGUGCUACGCUGGCUAUCUACGUGUACCAGCUUGAUCACAGGUACAAUGAGUUCAAGCUCCACGCCAUCAUGUCUGAGCACAAGAAGACCAUCACGGCCAUCUCCUGGUGCCCCCACAGUCCCGACACCUUCGCCAGUGCCAGCGCCGAUAACCUGGUCAUCAUCUGGAACGUGGCUGAGCAGAAGGUGGUGGCCAGACUGGACAACACCAAAGGGAUACCCGCCUCUCUCAGCUGGUGCUGGAACGCGGGGGAGGCGGUGGCCUUUGUGUCCCACCGCGGCCCUCUCUACAUCUGGACCAUCUCCGGAGUGGACAGUGGCGUGGCCGUCCACAAGGAGGCGCACAGCUUCCUGUCUGACAUCUGCCUCCUGCGCUGGCACCCCAGGCAGAAGGGCAAGGUGGUGUUCGGCCACACCGACGGCAGCCUCUCCAUCUUCCAGCCCGGCACCAAGAACCAGAAGCACGUGCUGCGUCCAGAGUCCCUGGAGGGGACGGAUGAGGAGGACCCCAUCACGGCGCUGGAGUGGGACCCGCUGUCCAGCGACUACCUGCUGGUGGCCAACCUGCACAAUGGCAUCCGCCUGGUCGAUUCCCAGUCACUAUCCUGCAUCACCACCUUCUGCCUGCCCAGUGCUGCUGCCUCCGUACAGUGCCUGGCCUGGGUGCCCAGUGCUCCGGGGAUGUUCCUGACCGGAGAUUCCCAGGUGGGAGUGCUGCGCAUCUGGAACGUUUCCAGGACAACACCGAUCGACAACUUCAAGCUGAAGAAGACGGGCUUCCACGCCCUGCACGUGCUCAGCUCAUCACCAAAGCAAUCGUGUUACUCUGCUCAUUCGCCGUCCCGGAGCCAGCACACGUCAUCGACCAGCGAGGCCAUUCCUCCCCCCACCCUCUCCCAGAACCAAGCCUUCUCCCUGCCCCCGGGCCACGCCGUUUGUUGCUUUAUGGAUGGAGGUGUCGGCCUGUACGACAUGGGAGCCAAAAAGUGGACCUUCCUCAGGGACUUGGGUCACGUGGAAACCAUCUUCGACUGUAAGUUCAAACCAGAUGACCCCAAUCUUCUGGCCACCGCAUCAUUUGAUGGAACGAUUAAAGUGUGGGAUGUCAACACCCUGACAGCAGUCUACACAUCCCCUGGUAAUGAGGGAGUCAUCUACUCCCUGUCUUGGGCUCCAGGAGACCUGAACUGUAUAGCAGGGGCGACCUCUCGUAACGGAGCCUUCAUCUGGGACGUGGUCAAAGGGAAGACCAUUGCUCGCUUCAAUGAGCAUGGGAAAAAUGGCAUCUUCUGCAUUGCUUGGAGCCACAAAGACUCGAAGAGGAUUGCGACGUGCAGUGGAGACGGCUUCUGCAUUAUUCGGACUAUCGAUGGGAAGGUUCUGCACAAAUACAAACACCCAGCGGCAGUCUUCGGAUGUGACUGGAGCCAGAACAAUAAAGAUAUGAUUGCCACCGGCUGUGAAGACAAGAAUGUUCGUGUUUACUACUUGGCCACCAGUUCGGACCAGCCUUUGAAGGUCUUCACAGGACACACGGCCAAGGUGUUCCAUGUCAGGUGGUCGCCGCUGAGGGAGGGCAUUCUCUGCAGCGGUUCCGAUGACAGCACGGUGCGGAUAUGGGACUACACGCAGGAUGCCUGCAUCAACAUCCUGAGUGGACACAAGGCACCAGUGCGGGGUCUACUGUGGAACCCGGAGGUCCCGUACCUCUUGAUCUCGGGAAGCUGGGACUACACGAUCCGUGUGUGGGACACCAGGGAUGGAACCUGCCUGGACACGGUGUACGAUCAUGGUGCUGACGUCUACGGCCUGACCUGCCACCACAACAGGCCAUUCACCAUGGCCUCCUGUUCCCGGGACUCCACCGUGCGGCUGUGGUCAUUAACUCCACUCGUCUCUCCGCUACAAAUAAACAUCGUGGCCCAGCAGCAUUGGGAGGAUAUCAUCGGCAACAUCGAUCGGGCCAUGGUGGUGGGAGCUCCCCCUCUGCUCUGCGGGAAGGUGUCCCGGGAUAUCAAGCAGGAGCUGGAUAAGUUGACCAGCAAUGUUCAAGCCAAGAAACUGAGGUGGUUCUCCGAAUGCUUCUCGCCCCCAGGAGGCAGUGGUAACGUGUGGGACCUGGUGUCGGUGUUGAGUGGCCAGGACGACAGUCUACUGCCCCCCCACUACAGCCAGGGUAUCAUGCACAUGAAGCACCUGGUCUGCUUCAAAACGUCCAAGGCGCAGGAGCUGACCACGGUGAAGAUGUCCAAGUUUGGUGGUGGGAUUGGAGCGCCCAGCAAGGAGGAGCGGCUGAAGGAGGCGGCGGAGAUUCACCUGCGGCUGGGACAGGUCCAGAGAUACUGUGAGCUGAUGGUGGAGCUCGGGGAGUGGGACAAGGCCUUGUCUGUCGCUCCCGGCCUGUCCAUGAAGUACUGGAAGAAGCUGAUGCAAAGGAGGUCUGACCAGCUGAUCCAGGAGGGCAGUGAUGAAGUCAUCCCUUAUUGCAUUGCUACGGGCGAUGUGAAGAAACUGGUGACGUUCUUCACCUGUCGAGGGCAACUGCAAGAAGCUCUGCUGGUGGCCCAGGCAGCCCAGGAGGGGAAUAUCCAAGCUCCGCACCUCCCCACCCAGAGUGGUGCAGCAGCCACUGACUCCAACAGCAAGACAGAAGACUUCAAUGACUUGCUGCACAGGGUGAGUGGCGAGCUGGCAGAAUGGUACUUCCAGGACGGGCGUGCGGUGAUGGCAGCGUGUUGUCACUUGGCCGUUAAUGAUAUUGAGCUGGCGAUAUCGAGCCUGGUGCGUGGCAACGAGUUGGAGCUUGCCGUCAGUGUGGGGAGUGUGCUGGGAGACAGCGCCGCUCCCGUCACCAACUACGCCCUGGAACUGCUGGCCCGCAAGUGUAUGUCCACAUCCACCUGGGACCUGACCGCUGAUCUACUGGCCAUGAUACCAGACAACGAGCUGCUGCUGGUCAAACUCUGCGCGUUCUACGCUGGACCCGCAGACCAGGUGGAUGAGCUCCACCGCAAGUGUCAGCUGCCGCCCACAGAGGAGUGUUUACAACUUGCCGAUGUUUACCACCGUGACGGCAACAUAUUCGAGGCGGUGAAACACUAUCUGCUGAGCACAGAGCCUGAGACAGCACUGACCAUCGGACUUCAAUACGUCAACGAGCAGCUGAGUGGAUCGGAGUGGACACUCGACCCUGUGCACAGGAUGCUGGACCUGCUCAGCUACAUCCGCACUGACCACCUGAUGCUGACCCGCUGCAGCGACGCUCGAAACCAGUUGCUGAUAUUCUGUGGCCACAUUGCUGCCCUGCUGGCGAUCAGAAGGCGAUACAACAGCAUCGUGCCCGCACUGUACGAGUACACCAGCCAGCUCCUGAAGCGGCGUGAGGUGACGGUCCCGACCAAGAUUGAGGAUCUAUCGGCAGAGAUGGACAGCUGGAGAGCCUGUACACAGACAACCAGCAAUUCCAGGUUUGAGGAUGUGCCCUACACCCCUCCGUCUGAAUCUCAGCGGGAAGCCUACGCCAUCUUGCUGGCCAGGAUCCAGGAGGAACCCAUCCCAGGACUGAUCGGGCCAGACUACGUCACGGGCUCCAACCUGCCCAGCCACUCGGACGUCCACAUCUCCUGCCUCACCGGCUCACCCAUACAGGGACCGGUGUUCGUCCUAGAAGAUGGCAAGUCAGCGAUCUCGCUCAACGCUGCACUAAUGUGGGCUAAGGUCAACCCCUUCUCCCCAUUGGGGACCGGGAUUCGGCUAAAUCCCUUCUGAUGGGACCUCAGUGUGAAGAAGUCGCGUACCUGGUGGCUUGCUGCCAAGGUUGGUUGUUGGCUGGGUCAUGUUGGAGUCAGUGCUGUUGUGCAGACCAGUGGAAAAUUCACCAGGUGGGCCCCAGCUCCACAAGGAAACGCUUGGUCUUUCCAACACUCCGUGCUGGCUAUUGAGACAUCCUUCUCCUGGACACAUACCUUGUCUCCCGUGCCAGGAAACUCUUUUCCCUGGGAUACUGAAGUUGUGGUCCACGUGUUAUGUAGAAAUCUGCCACAGCCAAGUGCAGAUCCAUUGCCCAAUGGCCAUUGGCGCAUCUCCCCAAGGAUAUUGUCCCAUGACAUGAACAUUCACCAGUAAUCUAUCGCCCAGUAGACAUCACGAUAAAUCACCGCUUGGUGAUUUUAGUCACUAGCCACAUGAACCGGCCCCAGGAAAGCGCAGGGCCUUACAGUCAUGAUACACAGUAGUGUAAACAAACAUCUUCUCGUACACAGUUAGUGUGCCAGCUUCAUCAGUCAUUAGCUGACAAUAUAUCAACCCUUCAUACAGCUUUCUUGACUCUCUUAAUGAUAGAAAUUUGAAAAAGUGGACAUUAGAUUUGAUAAAGUAGAUUUACAAGGUAUAUGAAUGCAGCUUAGCACUCACUGUACACAUGCUUCAACAUAGAAAUAUAUAAAGGAUUUGUCAAACAGUAUUAACAUUGUAAAUACUGUUGGUCAGUGUAAGUAUAGAUUGCCUGAAUUAAUCAGGGCAUUGUGCUUUUAUUUAAAACUGCAAAGAUAACCCCAUUGCCAAAUACCUCUUUAAUCUUUAUGUUUAUCUCCAUAGAUUUAUUUUUUUAAAUAGCUAGAAACUGCAGUUCCAGAACCUCGUGGUAAAUGCGCAGUGUCUGAGCUACGGUGUGAAGACUAGAACCAACUGUGUAUCGCGUUUUGCUGUUGUCCUUCAGUCAAGAGUUUGGGGCAUGCGUCUAGUGUGUUUAAUUAUCAUAUGUACCAACGGAACAAUGAACUCCUCGCUUACUGCAGCUUAGGCCCAUAACUAUCAUAAAUCAUCAAAAUUACAAUAAAUUCAUAACUAAUACCAGGUAAACAUAAUAUGGCAGCCAAAGGCACAGUCCAUAGAAGAUCACAGUUGCUGAGGUCAGUGUUGUGCAGUGUUCAAGAGCCUGAUGGUUGUUGGGAAGAAGCUGUUCCCAAACCUGGACUUUACAGUUUUCCGGCUCCUGUACCUUCUUCCCGAUGGUAGCAGUGAGAUGAGAGUGUGGCCAGGGUGGUGUGGGUCUCUGAUGAUGCUGGCUGCCUUUUUGAGGCAGUGCCUCCUGUAGAUCCCUUCGAUGGUGGGGAGGUCAGUACCUGCGAUGGUCUGGGCACUACUCUCUGUAGAUGCCUUUGAUCCUGGGCGUUGGAGGUGAUGAACAUUAUGGAGGUUGUACCUUGAUGUGGGUCAGUAGCUUCUUGGAAACAUCAUUUGUUUUUGUAAGGUUACAUAUAAUAUUCUGUGAAAAAACGUAUUGAUUACAGACCCACAACAGUGAAUGCUGUAGGAACUCGGAGACCAUUGGAGUAGGGGGGCGGCACGGUGGCGCAGCGGUAGAGUUGCUGCCUCACAGCGCCAGAGACCCGGGUUCCAUCCUUACUACAGGCGCUGUCUGUACGGAGUUUGUACGUUCUCCCCGUGACCUGCGUGGGUUUUCUCCGGGUGAUUCGGUUUCCUCCCACACUCCAAAGACAUGCAGGUUUGGAGUUUAAUUGGCUUUGGAAAAAAUUGUAAAUUGUCCCUAGUGUGUGUAGGAUAGUGUACGGGAAUUGCUGGUCGGUGCAGACUCGGUGAAAGGCCUGCUUCCACGCUGUAUCUCUAAACAAGAACUAGACGUGCGUUUAAAGUAAGGGGUGAUUACAGGCGAGAGUUGUAGACACUUAACUCACCCUUGCCAAUGAAAGUGUAUGCGAUGACCAUGCUGUGCACUGCCACAAUCCUGACUGCACCGGGCACAUUAACGCAUAGGUUACCAGUGCAGUCACAGGGCUGAACAGCACGGAAACAGGCCCUUUGACCCACAUUGGCCAUGUUGACCAAGUUACCAUACUGGCCCCCAAGACUCCAACCCCUUCCUAUACAUGCAUCUGUCCACAUGUAGUUUUAGAGUUGUGAUUGUAUCCACUAACACAGCCUCCUCUGGCAGCUCAUUCAAGGUUUCAGUUUAGUUUAUUGUCACAUGUAACGAGGUAUAGUGAAAACAUGUUUUGUUGCGUGCCAACCAGUCAGCCGCUUGUUAUCUACAUGAUAGCACCUGGGAAACAGAUUGUGAGCGUUUACGUUAUCUACGACCCUCAUGAUGGUCACCUCAAUAAGGUCACCCCUCAGCCUCCCCAUGUCCCAAUGACUAUUUUCUAAAUGGGGAUAGGAUUUUGAAAUCGGAGGUGCAAAGGGACUAGGGAGUGCUGGUGCAGGAUUCCCAGAAGGUUAAUUUACAGGUUGAAUCAUUAGUAAGGAAGGCAAAUGCAAUGUAGGUUUACAUUAAGAGAGGAUUAGAAUACAACAGGGCUGUAAUGCUGAGAUGCUGGUCAGACCACAUUUGGAGUAUUGUGAGCAGUUUUGGUUCCCAUAUCUGAGGAAGGAUGUGCUGGUGUUGGAGAGGGUCAAGAGGAGGUUUACAAGGAUGACCCCAGAGAUGAGUGGGUUAACACAUGAUGAAUGUUUCAUGGCUCUGGGCCUGUACUCGCUGGAGUUUAGAAGUAUGAGGGGGAUCUCUGUGAAAUCUACGGAAUGAUGAAGGGCCUGGAUAGAAUGGAUGUGGAGUAUAGGUGGGGCAUCUGGAUCAGCAUUGUCAAGUUGGGCCGAAGGGCCUGUUUCCAUGCUGCGUGACUCAAUGACUGUGGCUGAAUGGCAGAAAUGUCCAGUUCUGACUUGGAGAAUCUAUUACUUGGAGAAUCUAUGACUAUGGGUGCUGUCUGUUUGGAAUCUGCACCUUCUCCAUGUGACCGUUGUGUUAGUCGGUCUAUAAAUAACCCUCGAUCUAUAAAUAACCUUAUAAAUUGCCCCUAGUUUGUAGGGAGUGGGUGAGAAAGUGGGAUAGCAUAGUGUGAGCGGGUGAUCGAUGGUUGGCGUGGACUCAAUGGGCUGAAGGGCCUGUUUCCGUGCUGUAUCUUUGAACUAAAUACACCAACCACCCUGUUGAAUAGAACGCUGGCUCCUCGCGCCCUAGACAUGUAGACAGGGCAGCACGGUGCUGCAGCGGUAGAGCUGCUGCCUUACAGCUCCGGGUUUGAUCCUGACUACGGGUGGUGUCUGAAUGGAGUUUGUACAUUCUCCCUGUAACUGCGUGGGUUUCCUCCAGGUGUUCUGGUCUCCAAUGACAUGCAGGUUUAUAGACAAUAGACAAUUGGUGCAGGAGUAGGCCAUUCAGCCCUUCGAGCCAGCACCGCCAUUCAAUGUGAUCAUGGCUGAUCAUCCACAAUCAGUACCCCGUUCCUGCCUUCUCCCCAUAUCCCUCGUCUCCGCUAUCUUUAAGAGCCCUAUCUAGCUCUCUCUUGAAAGUAUCCAGAGAACCAGCCUCCACCGCCUUCUGAGGCAGAGAAUUCCACAGACUCACAACUCUUUGUGAGAAAAAGUGUUUCCUCAUCUCUGUUCUAAAUGGCUUACCCCUUAUUCUUAAACUGUGGUACCUGGUUCUGGACUCCCCCAACAUCGGGAACAUGUUUCUUGCCUCUAACAUGUCCAAACCCUUAAUAAUCUUAUAUGUUUCACUAAGAUCCUCUCUCAUUCUUCUAAACUCCAGAGUGUACAAGCCCAGCUGCUCCAUUCUCUCAGCAUAUGACAGUCCCGCCAUCCCGGGAAUGACUAGGCUAAUUGGCUUGGUAUAAUUGUAAAUUGUCUCCAGUGUGUGUAGGCUAGUGUGGGGAACUCUGGUUGACGUGGACUUGGUGGGUGAAGGACCUGUUUCCGUACUGUAUCUCUAAACUGAAGUAAAAAUCAAAAGAAAUGUUGAGGAUUUUGAUGACUGCCACCGGCCACAAUGGCAGGAAUUGUACAGGGUUUUGUGAAACACACGCUGUGACGAGAUUAGUGACUCUUUCCCAUGUUAUUAUACUACCAGCAAAAUGACUCUGGUGCAGAACCAAUAGUAUUUUAACCAAGGCCACGGUCCAGUCUUAUUUCAGCAGAUACAGGACUUCAUAACGAUUACAAAUAGUGCUCACAGUGGAUGUGGAGAGGAUGUUUUCACAAGUGGGAGAGUCUAGGAUCAGAGGACACAGCCUCAGAAUAAAAGGGUGCACCUUUAGAAUGGAGAUGAGGAGGAAUUUCUGUAGCCAGAGGGUGGUGAAUCUGUGGAAUUCAUUGCCACGUACGGCUGUGGAGGCCAAGUCAUUGGGUAUUUUUAAGGUGGAGAUUGACAGAUUGUUGAUUAGUACGGGUGUCGGGGGUUACGGGGAGAAGGCAGGAGAAUGGGGUUUGGAGGGAAAGAUAGAUCAGCCAUGAUUGAUUGGUGGAAUAGACUUGAUGGGCUGAAUGGCCUAAUUCUGCUCCUAUCCCAUGAACUUUUACAGGGUGCAGCAUUUAGCGUAAGAUAAUGUCCAACUAAAGAUUGUUCAAAGGUCUUCAGUGAGGUAGAUGGUAGUUCAGGUCUGCUCUCUAGUUGGUGAGAGGAUGGUUCAGUUGCCUGAUAACAGCUGAAUGUGGAGGUGUCUGUUUACAAAACUGCCUCAGCAACUACUGAUUCAAAUCAUUUAAUUAAUCACGAUUAUCAGUUUACUUAUUUCCUCAAAUACCCGGCCAAAUGAUGGAGCGUAGAUUUGAGCGGUAGAGCCUUGAGCAGACGUGCGUGCGUGCGUGCGUGCAUGCGUGCAUGCUGGGUCUUGCAUCGUAACAUCAUGAAGCGAGUAUCUUUAUGUACAUAAUAUUAAAAUGUCUUUGUGUAGUUAAUGUGAAUUUGCAGCCUCGUGGAUCAUGUACAAGUUGUGACACCAAGUUGUUCUACUAAGUCCUUGUGCGUGAUCGGUUUCCGCAACGUAACUGUCUCCGUAAACAUCUG